UAAACGCUCGCGAGGUAAAUACGUGUACCGGUGACGCGCUGUUCUCGUGAACGCGCCUGUUGCAGCGCAGCUAGUGUGUGUAAACAGCAACAAUCUACAGAAUGAGUCUAAACAAACAUCAGCUGAGCGAUUCUUUAUUCAUAUGGCUGCAGACGUUUCAGGUGCCGUCAUGCACCAGCAAACACGAGCUGACCAGCGGACUGGCCAUCGCACAUGUGCUCAACAAAAUAGACCCGUCCUGGUUUAAUGAGACAUGGCUCAGCCGGAUAAAAGAGGAGGGAGGAACCAACUGGAGACUGAAGGUCAGCAAUCUGAAGAAGAUUCUGCAGAGUAUUCUGGAGUAUUAUCAUGAUGUGUUGGGUCAGCAGGUGUCUGAUGGACACGUUCCAGACGUGUGUCUGAUCGGCGAGAUGGGCGAUGUGAAUGAACUGGGUCGUCUGCUGCAGCUGGUUCUGGGCUGUGCUGUCAGCUGUGAGCACAAGCAAGAACACAUCCAGCAGAUCAUGACGCUGGAGGAAUCUGUGCAACACGUGGUCAUGACGGCCAUCCAGGAGCUGCUCGCCAAAGAACACGUGGAGGCGGGAACUCCGGAGACGUACGGCGACUUUGACAAUCAGUCCAGAAAAUAUUACUUUCUGAGUGAAGAAACAGACGAUCGAGACGACUCGUCUCAGCGCCGCAGGGAGCUCGAGCAGCAGGCGUCUGUGCUGAUGGAGGAGAAAUCGUCUCUUCAGUCCGAGCUACAGUCCCUGCGCGAGCGUCUGACUCGCUGCGAGCCGUCUGACGUCUCCUCCACCGUCACCAACAAGAAACUGCUUCUGCUGCAAAGUCAGAUGGAGCAACUGCAGGAGGAGAACGACAGGUUGGAGAGCAGCCGCGAUGACGUGCGGCUUCGAGCCGAUGUUCUGCAGCGUGAGGUGGCGGACCUUCAGCUGAGGAACGAGGAGUUAACCUGCCUCGCUCAGGAGGCUCAGUCUCUCAAAGAUGAGAUGGACGUGCUGAGGCACUCGUCUGAUCGCGUGAGUCGUCUGGAGGCCAUGGUGGACACGUAUAAGCGCAAGCUGGAGGAUCUGGGAGAUCUGCGCAGACAGGUGCGUCUGCUGGAGGAGAGAAACCACAUGUACAUGCAGCGCACCUGUGAACUGGAGGAGGAGCUGCGCAGAGCCAGCGCCGUCCGCACGCAGCUCGACACCUACAAGAGACAGGUCACAGCACAGACGGCUCAUGAGCUCAGCGCCAAACACUCGGCAGAGGCCAUGAAAGCUGAGAAAUGGCAGUUUGAGUACAAGAACCUCAAUGACAAAUAUGAGACGCUUCUGAAAGAGAAAGAGAAGCUGAUGGGUGAGCGGGACGCAUUGAGAGAGACCACUGAAGAGCUGAGAUGUGCUCAGGUCCAGCAGCAGUGUUUUACAGAUUCUCUUGCGGGCGAUUCGGGGGCGGUCGGGAGUCUGGCGUCUGAGAUCAUGCCUGCUGAGUUCAGAGAUACGGUUGUGCGUCUGCAGCAGGAGAAUAAGAUGUUGUGUGUUCAGGAGGAAUCAUACAGACACCGACUGGAAGAUCUACAGAAUCAGCUGGAGGAAUCGCAACGCUCCCGCAACGCACUCGAGACACACAACAGGUUGAGUCAGCAGCAGAUAUCAGAAUUACGUUCUCAGAUUGAAGAGCUGCAGAGAGCUUUACAGGAGCAGGACAGCAAAACUGAAGACUCAUCGCUGUUAAAGAAAAAGUUGGAGGAGCAUUUGGAGAAGCUUCAUGAGGCUCAUUCUGACCUGCAGAAGAAACGAGAGGUGAUCGAUGAUCUAGAACCACGUGUGGACAGUAACAUGGCCAAGAAGAUUGAUGAACUGCAGGAGAUCUUAAAGAAGAAAGAUGAAGACAUGAGACGCAUGGAGGACCGAUACAAGAAAUAUGUGGAGAAAGCUCGCACGGUGAUUAAGACACUGGAUCCCAAACAGAAGAAUAACUCGGUUCCUGCUGAAGUUCAAGCCCUGAAGAAUCAGCUGUCAGAGAGAGACAGAAAGAUACAACAUCUGGAGCAUGAUUUCGAGAAGUCACGCUCCAGACAGGAUCAGGAGGAGAAGCUCAUCAUCUCCGCCUGGUACAACAUGGGAAUGGCUCUUCAUCAGAAGGUUGCUGGAGAGCGCUCUGGUUCAGCUCCGGCUCAGUCUUUCCUGGCACAGCAGAGACAGUCGACACAAGCCCGGAGAGGACUGGCCCGCCUCCAUCCCAGAUAAACACGCACACACAGAUGAAUCCAUGAGCUCCGUCCUGGAAACGCACCUCUGUCAGUGGCCUUAACGACGACACGGGGAAUCUGAUCGAUUAUUUCUCUUUUAGCACUUUCUCUGUCUGAGAAUGUAGAAAGUCAUGAGUCCGUCUCUGGAGUUUAGAGGAGUUGGUAUUUAAUUGUCUUUUAGAUGGAUUUUUUCUUCUUGUUUGUUUUUAGUCGAGUCGCAGCGUCAGGACAUAGUGCUCUUUUAUUUUCGCGUCCGAGCAUCUUACCUGGGCGAUAUGGAGGAGAUGAAGGAAGUAGGUGGACCUGUGGUGGGUUUCAUUAUUAUAUAUUUUUUUAAUGUAUAGUUCGGCUUGGUUAUCAGGGUAUGAUGCGUGUGACUUCAAACACCCAGUGCCUUUCUGAAGACUUCAACAUCUAGAUCCAUUAGAAUCAUCACUCUGCUGUCAAUCAUCUUUACGAUGCAUCCAUGUGAAUAGCUCCCCUUUAAACAAAUCCUGUUAAAACAGAAGCGCUGGAAACUGGGAGAUGGGAAGCCUUGAAUGCGAUGAUCAAAUAAUGCGAGGUGUUCUACGCGGUUCAUUAUGUUUGUCAUUAAAUGUGAGCUGUUUUGUUUUUAUGAAUGAAUGUGAAAUUGAUAUGCUGGACACUAAUCCAAUGACACUCCGUGAACUACUGAAGUAUUCGGGAUUCCUGUCAGACAUGAAAACUGCUGCUGCUUUAUCAUUUUAUGACGUUUUUUUUGACGUAACAUCACCAAAGUUUGCUGCUGAAGGAGGAUGUCUGAGGUUUUAUCAAAUCAUCUUGAAUGGUGGACACUACACUGGACACAACACUACUGUAUGUAUGUCAGACACACUCGUUUGAUGUUCUUUUUAACCCUUGUCAGUCCAAACCUUAAGGUUUUUCACGUCUCAUCAGAGAUCUGUAGAUGUGAGUUUGUUGUGUAGUUUUUCACUGUCUGUCUAAUGCUGAAGGUGUGAAUUGUUUUUCACUGUUGUUGUUGUUCAUGAGUUCUUGAUCUUGUUUUGUUUUCAAUCACACGUGUUCUUUAUGGACUGAUGAGGGUCGGUACUGGACAUAUGAACCAUCCUCUUGCCGUCUUACUCUUUGCACUACAAUUAAAGACAGAUUAUUGGUACAAAAUAUUUGAUGUGAGAACUGUGUGUGCUUUUUGU